AUGCUUCGAUGGCUCCACGCCAAGGUCAACAUCAUUUCCGCCGUCGAUGUGACCUCUCUGGCAUCCAGAGGUGUGGAUCAGUUGCUGCUGCGGCAACGCGGCGAGGAGCUGCAAAGGAUUUGCGAUGAGAUCUUGGCCCAGAGGCCCAGUGCUAUCAACGGCCAACCAAGCCACAAGAGCCAAAAGGGCCACAGAGGCCAAAGGAAUGGCUCUGCGCAGAAAGAAUCUGGAUGGCUGUUGGCCUGCUUGUUUGUUGUUGGGCUGACCCUACCCUACUAUGUUUGUGUGAGCUAUCGCAGCUGGUUCGUGGAUGAAGGUUUUGCUAUCUAUCGAAAUCCUGAUGCCAAGGGGGAGACAGCUCUCAUGCAGGUCUUGAGAAACGACUUCUGGGGAACUUCCUUGAAUCCUCCUGAGGGCUAUAUUACACACAAAUCCUGGCGUCCGCUCAUUACUUUGAUGUAUGCUGCAGAGUGGCUGCUAUGUGCGCGUUAUGGCUUUCAAGGGAUGGAGAUGCAACCCAUGAGAUUCAUCAGUUGCGUGGUGCAUAGCCUAAACUCUGCCUUGGUUCUCUUGGCUUUGCGCUUGGCUUCCCUACCUUUGGGCUGGUCGUGUCUGGGAGCUUCAAUGUUUGCAGCUCAUCCCAUCCAUAUCGAAAAUAUCGUGUACCUGGUGGGUCGUGCGGAUGCGUUGUCGACCACUUUCUACUUGCUGGCUUUGAUAACUUAUCAAGCCUUAGCCCUGAAACGGCAGACGGUGAGCAUCAGAUGCUAUAUCCUUCUUGCGACGUUGAAUGUGCUGUCUGGCCUUUGCAAAGAGCCUGGCUUCACAGCCCUCUUCUACAUCUUCUGUGUUGAGACUUCGCUGCAAUGGGACACGCUGCCGGAGAGACAGGGGCCAGGUUUGAAUCUUGGAAAGGAGUUGGCGUUUCGGUGCCGCUGGCGAGAUGUCUCAAUGCUGCUGGGUCUCUUUGUGGUGUUGGCAGCGUUGAGGACGUGGUAUGUAGGUGGUACUGAUGCUGGCUUUGGCUACGUGGACACACCAAUCAAGUAUCAGGAUGCACGAACCUAUGGAACUGAAGCAAAAGCGCUUCUGGUGCGCACGCUGUCCUACCUCUUUCAACACGCUUACUACGCGAAGAUAUUGGUGUUGCCGUGGAACCAAUCCUGGGACUAUUCCUUCGAGUCGCUUCCCAUGCUGACCGUCUUGGAGGACCUUCGUUUGCAACUGAUUUUGGCUGCCUACCUUGCCAUCUCUGCCACUGCUACAGCUGCCUUGAGAUUGAGAAGACAGGCUCCAGCUCUGCUACUGGGGCUGGGGCUGAUUGUGGUGCCCUUUGUACCAAUGUCCAACCUCUUUUUCUUGGUUGGCACUACCAUUGGCGAGCGGCUCCUAUAUCCUCUGACUGUGGGUUGGGCCUUGGUGCUGGCCGGCUUGGGCUUUCAAAGUCACGGAACCAGAAUGGGUGGAUGCCUCAAGUGGGCUUCAAUCAGCCUACUGGUGAUCUACAUCGUCAACUCCAACAUUCGAAUGUCCCACUGGAAAUCCCCUGCAAUUCUCUUCAUGAAGGAUGCAGAGCAUUGGCACAGAAGCGUCAAAGUUUUACACGCCAAAGCCUCGGAAUUGCAAGCCAAAGGCGAUUUGGUGGAAGCAUUGGAGCACUACCAGAGGUCGUUGGAUAUUUUUGAUGACCAAGCGAUCACAGACUACUGCAUCGCGCGGAUCCUCAUCAAUUUGGGUCGCUUCCAGGAGGCGUACCAACGCUUCGAUAAGAUUCUCAACGGCCAUGGCAUCGGCCUGCACGAUGGCAACGACUUCUUGUGGAUGACCGACCUAGGUUAUUUGAUGGUGCGACUGGGAUCUGAUGCUCAGGGCGCAAACUACCUGCAGGAGGGUUUGAGGCGUAUGCCCUACAGCAGCUAUGCCUGGAAUGCCCUGGGUGUGGCCCAAGGACGUCAGGGCCAGUUGCGAGAAGCUUUGGAGUCGCUGAGCCAAGGCUUGCAAGUUGAACCAGAAAAUCCCGUCAUUUGGAGCAACAUGGCAACGAUCUAUGCAUUUGGGCAGGCUCCUGAGCAGGCCUCACAGGCCUUGAGGGAAGCCUUGCGAUUGAACGCUACGCAUCCAGCAGUGGCCCACAAUGUGCAAGCGCUCAGUGGUGGAGCGCAGGAGCCGAUCCUGGAUCUCUUCAUCCCACCUCCUGGUCGUGGUGGUCGGUGAUUUCAUUGAAGCCAUUUGGCAGCUGCAUGCUGCGUUGGCGCCUGGUCGUAGUGAGCCAAGUGGCG